GGGGUUGGCGGCGCCUCGGCACUGAGCCUCCCUCCUCGUACAGCCCGUCAGGGGGAGUCUUGGUGGACUGCCCGCGUGCCGGCGGGGACAGCGAGAUUCAGAGGCACGCGCCAAGUCGCGCCUCGCGAGGCCCGAGGCCGCGUUGCCCGGGUUACCGAGCGCGCGCCCGGCCGCCGCCCCGCCCCCCGGCGAGGCCGCCCUCGGCGCUGCCUGAGAGGCGCGCGGGGUCUCGGGGGUGCCUUCGCCUCGGCCGCGCUCGUUCGGUGGCUCGGCGCGCGGGGCACUGGGGCGCGGGGGCGCGGAGGUGACGGGGCAGGGCCUCCGUGGCGCUCCGGCUCCGCUCAGGGCGACCGGCUGAGGGGCCUCGGGGGCAAGGCCCACUCUCCUGUCAAAAUGGCAGCGCCCAGCGUGCUCUGAGGGGAGCUGAGGCGGGGGUCGCUUCCUGGGAGAGGAGGCGAGCCUGCUGCGCUUCCGAGUUGAAGCUGCCGCCAGGGACUAGCCAUACUGUUUUCUACAGUGGCUGCACCAUUUUACAUUCCCAUCGGCAGUGCACCAGGGUUCCACUUUUUCUGGAUAGGAGCUUUCUUCUGGAAUAUGACUAGCCCAAUGCCCAGCAUGUAACAGUGCUCCAGAAACAGCGUUUUUCCUCUUUUCCCUGCAAGGAAGUGACAAAAAAAAGAGCUACAGGGAAUUUCAGAAGAGAAACCACUAUGUCCAGCUGAGGUGGAUCAGGAAUGUUUUGUGGCUGAGGCUGAUCUGAGCCAAGAAUGAAAGGAAUUUGUGAAAGAAGUUUCUACAAUGGUUUGUUCAGCUCUCAGGAGAGUUGCACACGUGCGUGUCUACCUGGUGAGGAAGGCCAGUGGUGUCUCCAGAGGCCAUCAGCAUCAGGCCUUGGGCUCAAGGCCUGCUGCUUCAGAGUUUGCUGCCCGAGGCGCUUCAGGUAGUGUGGUGGAGCUGCUGGGUAAACCCUACCCUCAGGACGACUACAGCAACCUCUCCCAGAAGGUCCUCUCCAGGGUUGGCAGGAAUCUGCACAACCAGCAGCAUCACCCUCUUUGGCUGAUCAAGGAGAGGGUGAAGGAGCACUUCUAUAAGCAGUACGUGGGCCGCUUUGGGACUCCGCUGUUCUCCGUCUAUGAUGACCUUUCUCCAGUGGUCACAACCUGGCAGAACUUCGACAGCCUGCUCAUCCCAGCUGGCCACCCCAGCCGGAAGAAGGGGGACAACUAUUACCUGAAUAGGACUCACAUGCUGCGAGCCCACACGUCUGCGCACCAGUGGGACCUGCUGCAUGCUGGGCUGGAUGCCUUCCUGGUGGUGGGCGAUGUCUACCGGCGCGACCAGAUUGACUCCCAACACUACCCAGUUUUCCACCAGCUGGAGGCUGUCCGUCUCUUCUCCAAGCACGAGUUGUUUGCUGGCAUAAAGGAUGGAGAAAGCCUGCAGCUCUUUGAACAAAGUUCUCGCUCUGCCCAUAAACAAGAGACACAUACCAUGGAGGCCAUGAAGCUCGUAGAGUUUGACCUUAAACAAACACUUACCAGGCUUGUUACACAUCUUUUUGGAGAUGGACUGGACAUUAGAUGGGUAGACUGCUACUUUCCUUUUACUCAUCCUUCCUUCGAGAUGGAGAUCAACUUCCAUGGAGAAUGGCUAGAAGUUCUUGGCUGUGGUGUGAUGGAACAACAACUGGUAAAUUCAGCUGGUGCUCAAGAUCGGGUAGGUUGGGCCUUUGGCCUAGGACUAGAAAGACUGGCCAUGAUCCUCUAUGACAUCCCUGACAUCCGCCUCUUCUGGAGUGAGGAUGAGCGUUUCCUGAAGCAGUUCCUUGUGUCAGAUAUCAACCAGAAGGUGAAAUUUCAGGUUUCAUCUACUUUUUCUUUGUCAGGACAUAGGCUCCAUAGGAAGAAAGGGUGGAGUUUAAGUUUAAGACAGUUUGGUUUUCUGGAUCGCGUUACCCCCAUCUUUCAUUUGAAGAAACUGAGGCUCCCAGGUGUUUCUGCUAUACUGUGGUUCAGUCAACCAACAAGACAACCACACAGAAACAAAGUAACCUGUCCUAACAGCUUCACCCUUCUACAGCCCAGAUACCCAAAUGGCCAGCAGCACUCUCCACCAUGUGGUUCUGCAGCCAGAUGCUUACCCUUUUUACACUUCUGUUUAUUUAUCUGUAAAAUGGGUCUAAUAUCCUUCCCCCUUAUCUGACAGGAAGAACUGAAACUUUGUAUGUGAAAUCACUUUGUAUACAGGGAGAGUACUAGACAGUGCUGUCAGGAUGUAAAUUAUCACUGUGCUUCUGGAUACCAUGAUUCAUGACGUGAAAGUUGAGAAGGCCAUUCUCAGGAAGAGGGCUUCACCCUUCAGGUUCCAGGUAGCCCUCUUCACUUCCAAAUAGAGUACUGGUUUCUCUCUGUUAAGAUUC